UAAAUAUGACAUUUAAAACAUGUGCAUAUCAAAUUCUAUUAUUUAAUUAUAACUAUGAUGCUGUCAUCGAGAGUUUUACUGUAUAUUAAGAAUCAUAAAAUAAUAUUAACCUAGAUUUUUAAACAAUGUAUAUAGUGCUGAUUUAGACUUAAAUAAAAAUACUUAGAAAGUAAACAUACUGUUAUACCAAUUAUACUUGUCUACAUUUUAUCUUUAUAACAAGACAUAUUUUGUAUUCAACUAUACUUCAACAAGAUUUUUAAGCUUUGUACCUAUAAUAAUUUUACCUAUACAAUUAUAAUGAUUGUUUUUAACGAAAAAGCCUUUCAAUUUUUUAAAUCUAUCACUUCAGUGUCAUUCUAUAUUAAUAUUUUUCUAUGUUGAUAUUUAUAUAGUUUCAUUUCUUAGUUCUUAUGUAUCUUUGGUUAUACAACUGUACUUUUGUAGCUUUUAGUACAGUUCUAAUUUAGUAAGCUUGCCAUUCUUCUAUUACAAUUGUCACUAUAUUGCACUAUUAUCAGAAGCUGAGUUAUUUUUUACGGUAGACACUCGCAUAAGAGUCCUGUUUUACGAAAAAUUGGAGGGGCAAAUAUCGAUCAAGCUUCGAGAACCAUAUUCUCGGUCGAUCGUGAUCAGUACUUGUGGAAAUUUUGGGAGGAGUCAUGCACGAUAGGUUGAAGAAAGAAGAAACAUUAAUUUGUGCCAUGGCCGAUCGCCGUGUGAGUAAAAGGUUAGUGAAAGACAAUGACGGGGAGAGGUACCAAGAGACGGGGCCGGCCACCAAAGUCGGUGGUCAUGGAAAGGCCCAAAAAGUUUCAAUAUCACCUUAUGAAGAAGCCAAAGUAUUUGCAAAACAGGGAUUCAGAAUCGCAAAAUUCACAACCGGCUACACCAACAGUAUCAAGACCUUCUUCACCAAUUGAAUGUGAAGAAACCAGACGUAGCACACGAAAUCGAAAAACUCGUAUCACAAAGGAUAGACAAUCACGUAAAGGUGGUCAUUCUAGUUCAGGUGCAUAUCAACGCCGAGGUUACAAUCCAAAUGUGGAUUACAAUGACUCUGAAUAUCACUAUGGAUCUGAUUUUGGUGAUGAAUCCAGUGAGAAGAGUGAAGUUGAAGAAGAUCCUCUUCAAAGCGACUUAGAAUCUUCUGAGAGUAUAGAAGAACCUGAUCCAUCAAGCGAUAGUGAUUUUUCUCUCUCUAGUUAUAGUACGACAAGUGGUACACCACGCAAAACUCUUUCGAGUCAACAACGACAACCAAGUCCAGAACCAUUAUGGCUACAGAACAGAGACCUUCCUCCUCUUACUCCACCAAAAUCUUCAGAUGACCUAUUGGUUCCUAAGGGACUUGUAAUGCCAUCUCUUUCCAUUUAUGAGGUUUUAAGACAUUUCCGUUCAUUAGUGCGUCUUUCUUCGUUCAGAUUUGAAGACUUUUGCGCAGCCCUAAUGUGUCAAGAUCAAACUAAUUUAUUAGCUGAGAUUCAUAUUAUGCUAAUCAAAGCCCUACUACGAGAAGAAGAUUCACAACAAACUCAUUUUGGUCCAUUAGAUCAAAAAGAUUCUGUCAAUGUGAGCUUAUAUUUUGUUGACUCAAUGACUUGGCCAGAAGUUUUACGAUCAUAUGUUGAAAGCGAUAAAAGCUUUGAUCAAAAUGUCCUGCAAAUUUUAACUAAUUCUGAAUAUCCUUUUACAUCCAUUGAAAAUAGAAUCAAAGUAUUGCAAUUCUUAACAGAUCAAUUCCUUAUAACGAAUCCAGUUAGAGAAGAUUUAUUGCAUGAAGGAAAUAUGCAUUAUGAUGACCAUUGUAGAGUAUGUCACCGUCUUGGAGACUUAUUAUGCUGUGAAACUUGUCCAGCUGUUUUUCAUUUAGAAUGUGUUGAACCUCCGUUAGUUGACGUUCCCACAGAUGAUUGGCAAUGUAGUACCUGUAAAACUCACAAAGUUACAGGAGUUGCUGAUUGCAUUCCUGAUGUUGAAAAAAAUGGGUCCUUAUGUAGACAAGAACAUUUGGGUUUUGAUAGGCAUGGGAGAAAAUAUUGGUUUCUAACAAGACGAGUUUUUGUAGAAAGUGAAAAUGGAGAAGUUUGGUAUUAUAGUACACCAUUACAAUUAGAAGAAUUAAUGCACUGUUUAGAUCCUGUUGAAAUGGAAGUUGCAUUGUACCGUGAAUUAUCAGAUUAUAAAGAUGAAAUUGUACGUCAGAUGGAACUUACAGAAUCAAUUACUAAUCAAUUCAAGGGUACCAAAAAAUCAUACUUGGAAGUAGAAAAUAGUCUUAUACUAAAACUGCAAAAAGAGCGCCAAGAGAAACAGGAAAAAGAAGAAGAAGAAAAGAAAGAAAAGCAAAGGCAAGAAGCUGAAGAAAUGGUACGCAGGAUACAUGAAGGGUCUGAUGAAGAACGUUUAGCAACAACAACAGAACAAGAUAAAGGGAAAUUAGAAGAGCGAGAGUCUACACAAGUACCAGAAGUGGUAGCUGAAAACAUUGAAGUCGAUGGAUCUACUGCUAAUGUACCUACUACCUUAAAUACUAAUGUGACAAACAACACUGUGAAACCUAAUACUGUAUCAUCAUCUGAAGAAAUGGAAGAAGAAACAGCAGAAGGAGAAGAAAGUGUUCCAAAAAUAAGUAAAGAUGGUAAAAAGCAUACUAUAGUUACAAGAUCAAAAACAGGUUCUUUACAACCUCGUACUUUUAAUAUGGAUGAUUUAAAACGACGAAGUACAGUUUCAAUGUCUAAAGAAGAGCUUGAAAAGUUAGAUAAAAGUUUGAAAGAAGAAGGAGAUAAUACUAGAUUGACUAGACAAAAAGCACAUCAGAUUGCUUCCGGUACACAUCUCUUUAAAUUGGGAAUGGACAACAAUUUUAAAUCAUAUGUUAAUCAGUAUAGCACUAAUCCUGUUGCUUUGAAUAAAAUUCAACGAAAUGAAGAACGCGAUAAAAAACGUCACCUAUCACAUAAAUUUUCUCUUACUCAAGCUUCAGAAUUUAAAUGGGUUGGAAGUUUGACAGGAACUCGUGCUCUUUUAGUUAAUACCCUUCGACAAACUAUUCUUCAACUUGAAAGCAGUAUACAAGCUCCGUUUAUGCAUACCAAUUGGCCACUUUUGCGUAAACCAUGGACUAUUGCAAUAGGUUCUUGCGUAUUUGCAAGAGACUUUGCACGAGCACUUAUUGUAUUACAAGCAUGUAUAAAAGCAGUUGUAUUUGCUAAUGUUUGGCAUGACCAACUUGGACAUGUAAAAUUGCAAAGGGUAACAGCACUUGAACGAGAAGAAAAAAAACGGUUAGAUAAAAAGGAAAAGAAAGAGAGAGAAGACGAAGAAGAACGAAAUAGAUCAUUUAAUUUUGUUAAAUAUACAUUAGGCUUAAAACAUCAAGUAUGGAAACAAAAAGGAGAGGAAUAUAGAGUUCAUGGACAAGGAGGUUGGUUGUGGGUGUCAGCAGGUCGACGAUAUAGAUUUAGCGACAUGAGAAAGUUAGGUUUAAGAGCAGGGCCGCAUAAAAUUAUGGUGCAAAUUAAAGAUCAACAAGGAUUAAAAAUAUUAGCCUUGGACCCACAAACUUAUGAAUUUUUAAUUAAAGAAUAUUGUUCAAAUCCGGAUGAAAAAAUUAAUAUAGAUAAAAUGAGUAUCAAGAAAGAAAUAAAUGAUGACGAAUUAUCCACUGAUACCGGUACAAAAAAGAUUAAGCAAGAAUUUAAGGUAGAAAAUAUUAAAACUGAAGAAAAUGCAGAAAUUAAACAAGAAGAGGAUAAAAAUGGACCAGUAGCAGUUUCUAAAACAGAACAACCAGCAGUUAAAAAAGAAACUAAAGUGAAUAUACCCUAUUCACCUGGUAUGAAAAUUGAAAAAGUUUUUACACCAAUUAAAGAAUUUGAAGAAAUUGACAUAACAAAGGCAUUAACUACACCUGGGAAACUUCAUUAUCCAAAAAUUGGGAAGAAAACUAAAAUUGAUGAUUUUCUUGCACGUAGAACACAUUUAAAAUUAUUAGAAGAGAGAAGAUUAUUACAAUCUGAGAAAACAAAGGAACCUAUAGGUCAAACAGGAAGUCAUAAAAUAGCAGAUGGUGAUACUGAUGUUGAAAAUAAUGAUGAAAGUGAUACCGAUGGUGGAGAUAGUUCUUUACAGUUCAUACUGUCUGGUAAACCAUCCAAUAAAUCAAUGCCAUCAGCUGCAAAAGAAGUGUAUAAUGCAAUAGGAAAACGUCUUCAUCAAGUUAAAGGACAGUAUACAAACAUUUUGAAACUUGAGAAGAAUGGAAGUUGUUAUUCACGAUAUUGCAAUGCGGCAAUUACACCAGGAAGAAUAGCAAUUACUACGCAAAGUCUAAUGUCUACGUGUUAUUCUCCGAUUUGUCUUCAAAAAGCAAGAUUAAAACGCGAGCUUGUAGUGUUAUUUCGAAAGGCAAGUGUUUUUAACAAUAGUCCAAUAUCAUCAAACAAACUUGAUGCUAAUGAUGAGGCUAAGGAGGCAAUCAGAAGAGAUUUGGAAUCUGCUGUUGCUUCGGCAACUCACUGUAGUGAAGAAUUUCAAACAACAAAUGUAAAUAUAAAUAAAUUAUCAAAUUUAAAAGACGGAUCAUCGCCUUGUGCUAAAAGAAUAAAAUUAGAACAUAAAGGAUUGGAUAAUGAUUCUAAUUUAAAUAAAAAGGAAACUUUAAUUACAACCAAAAGUAAUAUGACAACUACUACUCCACAAACUAUUAAAACGGUUGACGGUAUUGUACAAAAUAUGCAGGAGAGCACUUCUCAUAAUGCAACUACACCUUCAUCAGAGACUAAAACUAGUAAUGUAAAUAAUGUAGUGUCCAAAACAACGAUUAUUAACAGAAGAGGAAGAACAGUACAACGAAGUACAGUAGCUAAAGAACUAAAUGCUGAUGGAACUGAAAGAAUAUAUACUGCCAGUUCAGCAGAAGGAAAAGUUUAUUUAAAAAAAAUUGCUAUUUCUUCAGCUGAAAGAAAAAAAAAACGACCAACAGUAAAAUAUCCUUUAUGUUCGACAUUUUGUACAAAAAAUAAACGUCGAAGUAUUUUACUUCUUCCAAAACAUGACUUACGAAAAUUAGCCAGAGUUGGUGGACGAAUAUCAGUUGCGGGUUUUCAUCACAUGGCUAAGGCAAACCUAUCAGUUUGGCCGUAUCCUUGCCCCAGACCAUUAUUUAAGACAUGUUGGAUAUAUCGAACAGUUGGUUUAAAAUCUUUAGCUGCAGCUGCACUUCAAUUAAGAAUCUUAUGGGCAUGUUUACGUUGGGAUGAUAUGGCGGCAAAACCAUUAUCUAUUGAUGGAAAACAUCAAAUUACAACAGAUACCGAAAUUAUGUCAUUGGAGAUCCUAAAACAUCGUCAUGUUGGACAAUUUUUAGACAGAACACAAUAUUUGCGUCGGAAAGUCGUUAUACCUUUAGAAAUGCCAAAACAAAUUAGAGAAGUAACAUCUAUAAGAAGUGGACUAAGAAAGAGAAAACGACCAGAAUCACCUCAAAACACUGAACCACAAGUAACAGAAGAAUGGGUUGAUGAAGAUAAAUUGGAACUAUGGGAAAUCAAACAAUAUGGUGAUAGGUUAGAGAAGGCUAAUGCCCAGAUUAUUACUAGGAGUCGCUCGGGUGUGCCACAAUCUGCUGGUGGUCAAAACAGAAAUUCUGGAACCAAUUCUGAUCAACUUGUUAGUGGUAAAGCUACUCCUGAAGAAAUUAAAGAAAAAAUGGAACAACAGUUGCGUAUGCAAAGAGCUGCUCAUCAACAAAAAAGAGCUUUAGAAACUCUUAAAAAUCCAGCUAACUCUGCUUCCCCGAACACACAACUUGUUAAAGUUACAUCUAACUCUGGCCAUGAUGGUUCAGUUAAAUUAAUUUCUAAAGUUGCAAUACCAGCAAAUCCAAAUAGUGGAAGUAAAUCGCAAUUAACUUCACUUCUAACAACACCAACUCAAAAUAAAACCUUUAUCGGAACAAGACGUAUUUAUAUGGCAAAAGCUGCCGAUGGAACAACAAAGGUUGUUUCUGGGCAUACAAGUAUUUUACCAAAGACAUCUCAAAUCCAAUCAGGAAAUCAACAACAGUCUUUAAUUAAAGCUGCAGGUUCAGCAGGAACAUCUACAGGCACUGUUCAGCACAUACAACAAAGGGUACAAAUUUUAAGAGGACCCGAUGGUAAAUUACAAGUUCGUGGGUUAAUGCCUGGUCAACAAUUAGUACAGAUGCCAGAUGGAAAAUUGCAUGUAUUGAAUACAGCACAAACUAUUACUUCUGCUGUUACACAUACUACGGGUACUACUUCAAGUACAUCGACUAUACAGGCUAAAACUGUAACAGCUAAUACAGCUAAAGUUUCUACAUCAAGUGCUUCUAAUAAAAAUAGUCCAGCUAAACUUGCAGUUAUUUCGUCACAAGUAUCAACAUCACAACAAUCACAACUGCAGUCGCAACAAGCAGUACAAAAAGGUGGAAAAUCCUCUACUGUAGCAAUAGCAAAUGUUGCUUCUACACAAUCUCCAAAGAAUACAAUAGUUGUUGCCAAUACUGGUCAAAUUGUACAAGGAGCGCAGGUAAUAUCUCCGGGUAGUCAAAUCCUAAGUGGAAAUCAGAUAGUAGUCACUAAUGCUAAUUUGGCUCAACAACUUGCAUCCGGAAAAUUAACAACACUUGGUGGACAUCAAGUUGUAAUUCGUAGUACACCAACAGGAAAUCAAAUUGUACAUUUAAAUCCAUCAAAUAGUAUUGUAGUAAAAAAUGCGGUUUCAUCAAAUAAACAAGUUCCAGCAUUGCAAGCUACUCAAAGAAUAGCAUCAACAGUUGCACAAACACCUGAAACAACUAGUGCAAAUAUUACUCCUAAUAAAUUGACUACUUCUACUGCUAAUCCUACCGCUCCAGCACCUGGAAGCAUAGAAGCUUCUUUGUUAGAGAAUCAACCAGCAGGUACAGUGAUAAAAUGUAUUACAGCUCAGGUAAUGCCGACAACACAAGGGCCAAAAAUACUUUUGCAAGGAUUGACGGGAGCAGAUUUUACGCCACAGCAACUUGCUAUGGUACAAGAGCAAGUAAAAAAUCAAUUACGCAAAGCUCAACAAACUGAAGGAAAGCAAGUCGUCUUAGGUUCUACAAAAAUUUAUUUAGCAGUUCAACCUGCACCAGGAAGUCAACAUGCACAGACGACAUCUGAAACACCAUCUACGACAGCAAGUACACCUACUGUUCCUACAUCAAAACAACAAGUACAACAUCCAACUGAUUCCCCACCACCUGCAACAGAACCUCAAACUGAUAUAGAAUCUAUACCAGAACUUCAACAAGCUUCAGUACCAAAUACUCCUGAAAAACCAAAAGUGGUUGUUCAACAGGUUGAUCGUGCCAAUAAUAUUGUUACAGAAGAACCUCAGAAUAUAAAUGAUAAUAAUGGAGAGGAAUCAUCAGAAUCUGUGCAAAAUGUAGCUAGAGAUGAAAAAUUUGUUCCUACGCCAGAAUUUGUAUACCAAACAAUCAAAUCUGCAUUGAAAGCACAAGAUCAUUCACCAGAAAUAGAAGAGAAGUUAAUUCGGCUAAACAAACAUCAAGAGAAUAUAAUCAAAGGGUCAGCGAGUUCAGCAGCUAACAAUCAAACUCCACGUUCUGCAUCUCGCAAAAGACCUGUAUCCUCCAACAUUCCAUCAGUAACAACUGAAAUCGACACCGAUUGGGUGGAAACUCCUAAAAAAAAGUCAGCAAUAAAACAAGAGAAUCGUGAAAUCCCGAAAAUACAGAAGUCGUCUGAACAAAUAGACAAUGAAGCUUCACCAAAAAAUCGAUUUGUAAAAUUAAAAGACUGUCAAGAACAAAGAAAGAAACAAGCACAAUCACGAAUGCAAGUUUUAUUAUUUCGACAUAAAGAACUUUUGAAAAAAGAUCUAAUUAAAAAGAGAUCAUUACUUGAAAAAGAAUUAAAAAUAGAUAUUCAGAAGGACCUAUCAGUAAAAUUAGCAACAAGAACUAAAGCAGAAAGACAUAAACAAGAUGAAAUAAAAGUAGGAAGUGCAAAACGUAAAGCUAAUGCUCAAAUAGCACAACAGGUUAGCCCACCAAAUCGAGGUGGAAGACCAAAAAAACAUAAGGCACAAGCAAACAGCAAUGUAUUACCUAGUGCUUCAUCUGCUACAACUCCAAGUCGAAUUAAAAAAGAAAAAUUAUACUGUCUUUGUAGGACACCGUAUGAUGAAACAAAGUUCUAUGUGGGAUGCGACUUGUGUAAUAAUUGGUUCCAUGGAGACUGUGUUGGUAUUACUGAAGAAAUGAGUAAAUCCCUUUCUGAAUUUGUUUGUACAGAAUGUAGACAUGCACGAGAUACACAAGAAUUAUACUGCUUAUGCAAGCAGCCUUAUGAUGAAUCUCAGUUUUACAUUUGCUGCGAUAAAUGUCAAGACUGGUUCCAUGGAAGAUGCGUUGGUAUUCUUCAAUCAGAAGCAGACAAUAUUGAUGAAUAUGUAUGUCCUAAUUGUCAACGUAAUUCUUCUGUGAAUUUUGCAAAUAUGAAAAAUCUAAAUGCUAAAGAUUUGGAUUUGCUGAAAAAACUAAUUAAACAGAUACAGGCACAUAAAAGUGCAUGGCCUUUUAUGGAACCAGUAGAUCCAAAUGAAGCUCCAGAUUAUUAUAAAGUCAUAAAGGAACCCAUGGAUUUACAAACAAUAGAGUUAAGAAUAAAUGAUAGAUCCUACAAGAAGCUAAGUGAAUUUAUUGGAGAUAUGACCAAAAUAUUUGACAAUUGUCGAUAUUACAAUCCAAAAGAGUCCCCGUUUUUCAAGUGUGCAGAGUCAUUAGAAUCAUAUUUUGUACUAAAGAUUAAAAGUUUGAGAGAAAAGUUCUCAGAAGGAAAAUAAACAAUCAAAACUGUAACUAUAAACGAAUAGAAGUGCAAAAUUGGCAGUUUAAUAGUGCAGUGUAAUAAUAAUGAUCUGUACCGGUACAUGUAGAGAUCAAAACUCAAAGUAGAGAUAAGUAUAUAAAAGUAGGAUAUAUUUAUUAGACUUGUGUGAUUUCUUUUUUCCUUUCUUUUAAACUUAUUCUGUGCAAUGGGUUUUGGACUAGAAUUUAUAAUUUCCUAUUUCUUGUAACUAUUCCAAACUGGUUAUGAAUUACCAGUGAUAUAUAUAAUGAACUGCCUUGUUCACAGAAGAUAAAAAUAUC